CCCUUGAACACUUACAUCAAGGAAAUAUAAAGAAAAAUUUAGAAUAAGCUAAUGAGAGACCCUAAACAAGAGCCGAGUCAGUGACAACCCGAAGGUGGAGUGGAAGGUGUUUGUGUGUCACGUAGUAAGAAAAGAAGGUCCUUGCCAAGGCCUGAGAGAGCACUGCCCGUAUGUCCCCAAGCCUCCUGAUGACCAAGAUGCCCAUGACGCCUCACCGGGUCAUGGCAAUGGUGAUGGCAGUGGCCGUGCUCUGCCUUGUGUUCUCCGCCUUCAGAGCACCGGCCAAGACCCUCAAGCUGGGUGCAGUGUUGGAACAGCCUUCUGCGGCGGCUGUUGAUGCCCUUCACGUCAAGCGUGACACCAGCGGCAGGACCAUGGCUGACCCGAGGUUCUGGCACACCUUCAACUUCCAGUCUGAGAGCAUCCCAGCAUCGGUCACAGAGGCGGCACCCAAAGUCACUGUCACCACCAACAACGUCAACAUCAUGGGCGCCAACACCUUCUACCGUGAGGCCCAGGUUCCCGCGGGGGUGGAGGCGAGUGGGGAGGUGGUGGUGCUGCUCCACGGGGCGGCCUUCAAGUCUGCUACCUGGCUGGAACUCAACACCAUCAACCUCCUGGCAGCGAUGGGACACAGGGUCAUUGCUGUGGACCUGCCUGGCUUCGGGGAGUCCAAGGAUGCUGGGGCUGUAAAGGACAAGGCCGAAUACCUCCGCUCCCUCCUGGCCCAGUUGAGUGUCAGCAGCCCCAUUCUGGUCUCCCCUUCCAUGAGUGGGGGCUACUCGAUCCCCUUCCUCACUCAGCACCCCGAGGACCUGGCCGGAUAUGUCCCUGUGGCUCCUGUUGGCACUGAGAGGGGCAAGGCCAAGUACCCAGAGCUGCAGGUUCCAACCCUCAUCAUCUAUGGUGAGAAGGACGCUGGGCUCGGCCCUACCUCCCGAGAUGACCUGUCCAACAUCCCCACCUCCCAGGCCGUCCAGCUGCCCGGGGCCAAACACCCGGCAUACCUGGACCAGCCGGAAAUGUUCCACACGCUGCUUUACAACUUCAUCAAGCAGGUCCACGCCCACCGUGCUGUUGUGUAGGGCAGGAGACAGGCCAGUCCUUUGAUGGGACAUUGUCUUGUUGAUGCCCAUCUUGUGUGAUGAGUGUUCAUCGUCAAGUUUGUUAUGUUCUCUAGAGAAUACUAAUCCAUUAGUUCCACUGUGGAGACAGGGAAUGUUCUGUCUUCUGGGUUUUGGGUUCUUCUGCACGUUGCUUUGCACACUGAUCACACGCAUGACUUGGACAUUAUUUUUGGACACUAAAAGAUUUAUUGGUAUGGGCUCAGCUGGAAAAUGCUGAAGCCUGAUGCAAAAUGUACCUCCCAGGGCUAUCAAGGUAAAUGUUCUUGAGAGUAGACCUGGAAACAGUUUGCUUCGAAAAAAUGAGUUACACAGUUUGUGCGGUGAAAAUUUACCAGUACAGUAUAUGCCUAGUGGUGAUCUGUUGGCUGUGAAAUAACUUUAGCUUGCUUUCCUUAUGUAAUUACAGCUGCACUAUGUACACUGUAAGCCAUUUAUAUGCAUUGCUAUAUAUUGCUGUAGAGCAGUCUGUAGGUGCAGAGGCUAGCAUGGGCACUAUUGAGAGUUACAAAAAUGAUUUCUGGGUCAGGUGAAGACCAACUGUUUCUGUACUAUCUUGCUGCAUGUAGCCUCUAUUCACUUAGUAUGCAGUAUGCAUAGAAGUUACUUUGGCUGCCAGCAAGUGCAUGCCACAGUGAUAAAAGCUGCAGCUUGUGGGUGUGAGGUGGCGGUGGCCUGCCUCCCAGUACACUCAGCAGCUACAAUAGGGAGCGGUGUGGGCACAGACCUCUUCCCCUCAGUAUGAAACUUUGUGCACACCCACUUGAUAGUCAAAAUUGAUGACAUUAUUUUAGGUUGUGAGUGCCUGUGUGAAUGCUGAGGUAGAAUUAUUGUCUUUCUCCUUUAUUGCGGAGUGUAUUAACAGAAUGUCAAUAUCUGCCAAGAAAGGAGGUGCAGCCAGGUCUGCGCUGGAUGGAAAACAAACAUUUUUUCGGCUGAUCUUAUUAGAGCAGCGGUUUGCUGUCUAAUGUGAAUUUACACAACUGUCAGCCCUGAUAAAGGAAUUUUUUAUUUUUACUUAAAUUUUCUAUUCAUUUAAUUGGUGUCUGUUUUACGUGUAUUUUUUAUAACAGCUGUGUGUUGUGUCGGCAUUUUUUUUUCUAUAUGUAAUUCGUUGUCGGCCAAACAUGAAAGCUUCAUGUUUUGUACUCAAGAACAAGGUUGUGGUAUUUUGAUAUUGGUCAGUUAUUUUUAUCACUGGUGUUGUUGUGUGUUGGUAAUGUACUCUUUCCUCCACCAGGCCAAUAAAGAACAGUUUUGUA